UCCAUUUUUAGAAGGUAUGACGGAUAUUACUUUAAAAAUUACAAUUCCUGUAACUACUUCGAUCGAAGAGACAUCUGCGUUAAUUGCUGAAACCGUGACUACGGAGGAAGAAAUUGUGAAAAGUACCUCGAUAACUUUAAUAACGAAAGCAAACACGUUUUUAUAUACAUUCCCGACCGUACCAUUAGUCAAGACUACAGAAACAGAAUUAACGUUUGAAACUGUAACUUCCAUACUAAUUCCAACAUUUCUGACAAUUACAAAAGAUUCUCAAAUUGCAACAUCAGAAUCUACUUUUAGCGAAAUUUUGUAUAAAACUGAAAGUACUACUGCAAUCACAAGUUCGCCUACGGCUUUAGAAACAACGGAAACGAUUUUAAGUACGUCUACAGAAGUUGAGAUAACCACGUUAACACCGGAAGACGAAACCCCAGUAACACAGAUUGAGAAAACUAUAACAGCGGAAGAAACAGCUACAGAAACCCCAAUAACUAUCGAAACUUCAACGCCCACUGAAAUCGCAAUAACUACUGCUGAAACUUUAACCACAGCUACGGAGAUUUCGACGUCUGUGGAAAGCACGAUAACUGAAACUCAAAUAAUUAAUAAAACUUUAACAACUGUGAAAGCACCAACAUCUACCGAAAUUUCGGCCACCAGUGAGAUACCAACAACCACUAUAAUUUCAACGACUAUAGAAACUAGAACAUCUAUUGACAGUCUGACAACUCUUAGAACUCCAGUAACUAAAGGAAUUACAAGUGCCAAAACUUUAACGCCUACUGAAAUUCAAACGUCUACUGAAACUAAGACAACUACUGAAAUUUCAACAUCUAUAGAAACUACACACACAAUUGCUAAAAUAAUUAAUAAAACUUUAACAACUGCAAGGAUAUCUAUUGAAACUCCGACAGCCAGUGUGAUACUAACGAGUAGUAUAAUUCCGACGACGAUAGAAACUACAAGUAUCGAAAUUUCAACACCUAUUGAAAUUUUGACAACUCUCAAAACUCCAAUUACGAGUGCCAAAACUUUAACGCCUAUUGAAACCAAAACAACUACUGAAACUACAACAGUUACCGAAAUUCUGACAAGUAUAACAUCAGCGUUUACCGAAACUUCGACGACCACUGAGACAUCAACAAUAACAAUUGUAACAACUACAAAAAUUGCAGCAACGCUUUCUACAUUUUUAACAGAAGAAACUACAGCUUCCCGAAUGUCUAGGACAACAACGUCUUCACUUGAGACAUUUAAAACCACAACUGUAUUGCCAAUUUCCACAACGGUGUCUGCAAUGGAAACAUUUCUGAUCACAUCUUCCACUAUAAAUGCGAAAGUUUCUACAGCUGUUAGCGCAAUUACAACAGAGAUUCUCGAAAGUACAAAAUCUCCAGUCAUAUAUUCUACGGUAACAACACCUUCUAUCACUCAAAUUCCAAUAUCUAUUACAAUCACGACGCCUAUUGCAAUGGAUACUGGAACAACAGCUUAUGAAACUACGAGUACAGAAAAACUAACAACAAAAGAGCGUACGACAAUUUGGGUUACUGAAAAAAAAAGUACUGUUGAAGAAACAAUACCAAUGACAUCUUUUACCACGCCAUUUUUUAUCGAAACGACUACCAAAGCAAUUUCCCUUGUAAACGAAACGAUUACUUGGGCUACGAUAACUAAAGAAAUUAAAUUGAUUGAAAAUGUCACUGUUAUUUCUAUACCAACAAUUGAGGAAAUAUCUACACUUUCAGAAGUUAUUUCUACUAAAACAAGUACAGUGUCAGAAAUAGAGACGAGUAUUACGGGUAUCAGUUUGGUACCUACAAUAGCUAUGACUUCAUUUUUGGAGGAAACUACCAUAGAAAUGAUGGAAACAAGCUUGACAAAAGAUACAUUAUCGUUGACUACUGAACGACCAAAAUAUACAACAAUUUUAGAUGCAACAAUCGCCGUGACGCUUGCUCCAUUUUCCGAAUCUAUUCUACCGAUAAUAAUUACAUCCGUAACGCCAGCUACUACACCGAAAAUUAUUUCUACAUUGCCAGAAACUGUAUCAGAAGAAUUUACAACGUCAACAACUGAAAAUUUGCCGAUAACAUACGCUACAAAGAGUUCUAUAUUAUUUAUCGAAACAACAGUCUAUCCUACUAUUUCGGCAGCAACCACUGAAGAAAUGCCUGAAGCUGAAACAGAAUAUUACAUAGCAAAAGAACCAUUCUACGAAGGGGAAUUCUAUGAAGAAUACAAAGAAUAUGAUACUGAAAUACCAACUGGCAAAUGGUAUUAUUACGACGAAUACAAAACCACGACGAAGAAACGGAUAACUGUAACGACAAAAUAUACGGAACUGCCCAAAGAAGAGACAACAAGUCCCCCGCCUUUUGUCACAGGUAUAACAGUUCCAUCUGAAGUAGAAACUUCAGAAUUUACAAGAUACUUAACAUCUUCUGCCUUGGAAACAUCCGCAUCGACUAAAUUUACAGCGUCUGCUACCAGCGAAAAGGUAGAAUUAACAACGACGACGUGGUUGACCUUUGGCUCUACUGAAGAAUACCUUCUUCCUUCUUCGACAAUUUUCAAAAUCACGACGGUGCCACUUGAAUAUCCUUCUGGAUACACGGAACUGCCCAAAGAAGAGACAACAAGUCCCUCGCCUUUUGUCACAGAUAUAACAGUUCCAUCUGAAGUAGAAACUUCAGAAUUUACAAGAUACUUAACAUCUUCUGCCCUGGAAACAUCCGCAUCGACUAAAUUUACAGCGUCUGCUACCAGCGAAAAGGUAGAAUUAACAACGACGACGUGGUUGACCUUUGGCUCUACUGAAGAAUACCUUCUUCCUUCUUCGACAAUUUUCAAAAUCCCGACGGUGCCACUUGAAUAUCCUUCUGGAUACACGGAUUUAGAACGUUUUACACGAAUACAUGUUACCUUGCCAAAAUUUAUUACAAAGCCUAAAGAAAUUCCGGAGAUUAUAUUGAGAGAGACUACGACUUUAGGACGAGUUUCGACAGAGACUGAGAUUGCAGAGACUGAGAAGCUAACUUCUGUCUUCGUCUCAUCGGUGCUGACAACGUUAACCGAGAGGGAAGCUUUUAAAGUGUACACAACGACUAUGAGUACUGCAUCUUCCGAAAUAGAAGGUACUGUCGAAACCGGUUAUGAAGUCACAUUGGCGAUGAAGGAAGAGGAGACUCUUCCAAGUGUCACACCAUUUAUCACGUCUGAGACUGAAGUCGAAUUUGUAUUUACUACAACGAGCAAAACUGUCGACCAAGAAGAACAGAAAAAACAGUUAUUGCAACGACUCGAUGAUCUCAAACAACGUGAGAGAGAGAUAGCGGAGAGAGAAGAGAGACUGAAAGAGAGAGAAGAGAGACUGAAAGAGAGAGAAAAACAGUGGGAGAAAGAAAAGGAGAAACAGAAGGAAAUGAUGCAGCGUGAGGAAAAGAAUAUUACAAUAACGACUGGUACAACAGAGGGCUAUGUUACAACUACUAUUUUGAUUACAUCUCCUGUUGAGACUGUUGGUACAAAAAAUUUGACAGUUUUGACUACAGAGAUUGAAGUCACAUCUCCUAGUCUUGAUACGUUUAUUACUACGUCGAGUUUAGCCGAAAUUACUACGAUUUCAAUUGAAACAAUUCCAUUUAGUAUUAUAGAAGAAGUUACAUCUGUGACAUAUGCUAUGGAGAAGAUGGAGACGACAACGAAAGAAAGUAUGUUUAUAUUUGCUACUGAAGAAACAGAGGAAACAGUUACAUCUUAUGUUACAGAAAAAAGCACAUCUAUUACAUACUCUACGGAAGAAACAGAAAAAGUACAAAUUACGUAUUAUGUAACUUCGACGCCAUAUGUCACUACAUCUAUCAUGGAUAUAUAUAAUAUCGGCUUAGCUUCAAUUGAAACUACGACUCCUUAUACUAUCGAAGAAAUAUCUACUACAAGUUACGCAACCCUUUAUAGCGAACCUUUAUUCGCUUCGCUUACCAUUACUAGCCCAAUUACACUGGCCACUGAUGAAUUCAUUACAAUACCCAUUGCUACGUUUAGUGAAAGAUUUGAGGAAAUCAGUGUAACUUCAGUUUUAACCUCUACUUGGUACACUACAGAAACAUACGCAGCAAUUUAUACAGAUUAUAGUAAACCUUUAUUCACUUCAUCAGCAGCAGAGUUUACUAGCACAACCGCUUCAUCGACUUCGGCUAUUAUCACGACUACAGAGAUAGAAUAUGACGAGGAGAUAAAAAGAUUGAAAGAAAAAUUGCGCAAGAAGGAACGUGAGUUAGAGCAGAGAGAAAAAAUUUUAUUAGAAAGAGAGAAAAGAUUAGAAAAGGAUAUAAUGGAAUUUGAAAAAUACAAGGAAGAGUUUGAGAAAAAAAAAAAUAUAUCGUCGGAGAAAUCAACUGUACUCACAAGUUUAUCAACGCCAGUACCGCCGACUGAAAAGACAACUAUAGAAGCUCCAAUAACAACGCAAAUUAAAGAGAUAACCGAGAAGAAAGAACAUCAAACGACAACGAAGAUGGUAACUUCUCGACAUACAGAAAUGAAAGAUAUCGAAGAGGAAAAACAAACGCAGUUUGCGCCUGAAGAAACCGUCACACAGAAAGAAGAAGAAAUAGUGACGAAACAAAUAUGUUUGAACGUUUUAGAAAAUACGACAAUUCCCUUAGAUAAAAGGAGAGAUAUUGUGGUCAAAAAGGUUUGUUUGCCGUAUUUUCCCGAGAAAAAUAAAGAGAAGAAAUCAGUCGGUCGAUUAAACAGAAAGCCUCUCGCUUUGCAAAGUAUAAGGAAAAUUAAAAGACCGAGAUGGAAUGUUUCAUCGAAUUUUCGGUAUCGCAGAAGAGUGGCAGAGACUACACGUAAAAUCUACAAUCUGCAGCUGUUGCGUCACGAAUGGCUGAGCAAGGAAACCACGAAGCCGCCACGAUACUUUAAAGGCUUCACUAGGAUUUACAGAAAAAUGAGGAAAUUUUCAAAAAAGGUUGCACCCGUUACUCAUACGCAAAAAAAUACGACUAUUAAUUUUCAAGAUAGAAUUCCUUUAUAUAAACAACGUGCUAUCGAUUAUGAAAGUGUCUUCAGACCGACUACAUUAUCUAUGUUGGACAGUAUGGAUCAUAAAAAGAGAGACGCUUUCUUCAGAUAUGACUUAAUUUCUGCAAAAAAAAGCAAUUUUCCCAUUAACAACAAAGCAAGUGUUCAGAAAAGAAACGUUUUAUCGAUAGGGAACAGUGCACGAUUGCGAUCAAAGAAAGAUACAGUAAAUAUUUCGAAUCAAAGAGUAAUAACUGCAACAGCCAAAGAUGAUUUUUAUACAGUAAAUGUAUUACGUCUCUAUUACAAUGAGGACAAACAAACGCAUGAAAUAAUAUCUUCUAAACCAGAUGAAGAUGAAUUAACAGAGAUUUUAUUUGAAUCAAAUGACAUAACUGAAUUCGGAGAACAUGAAAAAAUUACAACACCAUACUAUGAUAUUGAAGAAAAAGAUGAUCUAGAAGAUAAUAUAGAGAAAAAAAUAGAAGAUAAUGAAGAUUAUAUUGACGAUCAAAUAGAAGACUAUAUGAAUUAUAAGGAAAAUAAAACAUUGACUCCAAUAUAUGAUGGAAGAUUCUUAGACAGAGGCAAGAAUAAAAAAUUAACAAAAAAUGAAAGAAAAUUAUUAGAUCAAGCGUGGCCUACCGAGAAAAGUACGUCAUAUCAUUUAGGUGGUACUAGAUUCUGGGAAUUAGACUAUGUUACGGAGUUAUCAGCCGCAUUACGUACGACGAUCGAUAAAAGUAAAAUUACUGACAUAUCGAUUAGGACGACCUGUUUCGAUGUUAUUCUUAAAAACAAAAGUAAUGCCAAAGUAAAGUCCAACAUGCUUUAUCACAAGAGAAAUGCCAGUCUUAAAAAUAUAACGAGAAAGAAUGCGUUACGUUACAAGUUAAGAACGGAGCGACCCAAGGCGAUAACGAGAAAAUUAAAACGCGAUUUGCAAAGGUUGCACGGACCGAAUUAUUACAAGCAAAGUUUCGAGGAAGAGAGCACAGUAAAAUUUAAUAAUUUCCGGCAUACCAAGAACAAAGAUUCAAUAACGGCAAAAAACCGCAAGCUAUGCGGUGUCAACGCAAAUCAAUUAACAAAUAAAAAAAAUCAUCAAAUUGUCAAGCACAAAGAUGCUACAGACAAACAUAAAAAGAAGCAACCAGCAAAAUCACAAACAUUACAAAAUGUUAAUUUACACUCCGUUCAUAAUACACAUAACUGUGUCGUGAAUAAAAAAAAUAAUCAUCAUCAAACAACGACUGCGAGCCAAUAUUCUCAAGUAAAAAUCACCGAUGACAAGAAGAACAAUGACAAAGUAACACAUUCCACUACCAUUGACUAUAAAGCUAAAUCUACGUCGCACGAAAGAAGAAUUCAUAAUUGUAUGAAUUGUAUUUGUGACAUCACAAACGUACUUAACAGUAUAAAAUCUUUACUGGACGGAACAAGCUUCCCGAUAGACGAAAUUAAAGCACUUAAUUGCAACGAAUAUAAAGAGAUCCAGGAUAAAAUAAUGAUCACAAUGGAUUCUGACACAGAGGAGGCUAGAGAAUUUCCACAACCGCAUUACAACACCGAAUCGCUAAAGGGUCAGAAAUACAUCAAAUUAGAAGAAUUGGAAAACAAUUUCAAGAAUAAUUUGGAAUCCGACAGCGAUCACGAUGUCAUUUCAUUACCUGGAUUUAAUCUCAAUUUACCCUGCAAUCAAGAUAGCGAUGGUAUCACCUGGUUGUCGAGCGUCAGCAGACCGAGUUACACGUGGAAAAGAACGGAUGGCAUCGCGCUCUUCGGUUUCGUGGCGGAAAACGGCGAUUUGGAAUUGCGAAACGUGAACGCGAAGGAUACGGGAAACUACACCUGCGUCAUGACGUACAUGAACCCUGACAACGAGGAACCAGUGGAAACCGUUUACGAAGUCCAUUUACAAGUUGUCACAUUGCCGAGAUACAUUGUGCACGGAGAAAGUCGUUAUCAUGUACGAUCUUGCGACGAAAGGGAUUUGGACGUAUUGGUGACGUAUCUACCCCUAAAAGUGAACAACGUUAUAUGCGAGGCGGAUAUCUGUAAUGCUUACGUCUUAACGCCGUCUUGCUCCCGAAGUCAAAUUACAGUAAAUAUUUUGAUAGUUCCCUCGCAUAUCGUUAAACUAAUGAUGGUCGAUCCCAAACACUGCAACGUAUACUGUCUUAAAACCAUUCAGGAUAAACUCUCACUGAUACUGAGUAAAAAUUUGCAAAUCUUCCUUGGGAAGACUAAUUGCCGCAUUACGAGCAGAGAUUUGUACCUGUCGUUGAAAAGUUCUCGUUCGGAAGACGAAAGAGAGGAAAGACCGAUGCAAACAUAUCCAUCGGAAGAUCCAGCAAUAUUGGUUUGUUUUCCAGCUGUCCAGCGGGAUAUGGUCUUCGUGAUACACGUUGUGUUCCUUGUAACGUGGGUACUUAUAGCGAGGACGGAAUAUCACAUUGUAAGAGAUGUCCAUCUGGCACGUAUCAGCCAAAUCACGGUGCUCGAGUUUGUCGCACGUGCACUAAUCCAACGACGAAAGGCUGUUACAAUAUGGUGCAUAUUCGAUUGCAAUUUGUAAAAUAUACAGUGCGUUCGGCAAGUGGAAGAAAAUU